AUGGUGAACACGCUACAAGAUGAUGCAUUGAGACACACCACACCAGGAAGCUGCACACGUCCAGAAGAAGCUGCACACGUCCAGAAGUACAUGGUGAACACGCUACAAGGUGAUGCAUUGAAACACACCACACCAGGAAGCUGCACAUGUCCAAAAGUGCAUGGUGAACACGCUACACUAAGACACGGUACAUAUCCUGAACUACACCCCAAGGAUAUGCCACAACAGGACACGACCGUAACCUCUAAAAACACUUGGAUACAGUAUAACAACGACACCAAUAACAACGACAACAUCAAGAUCAUCAACAUCGAGAUCAUCAACAUCAAGAUCAUCAACAUCAAGACCAUCAACAUCAAGAUCAAGAUCAUCAACAUCAAGAUCAUCAACAUCAAGAUCAUCAACAUCAAGACCAUCAACAUCAAGACCAUCAACAUCAAGACCAUCAACAUCAAGACCAUCAACAUCAAGAUCAUCAACAUCAAGAACAUCAACAUCAAGAGCAUCAACAUCAUGGUCAUCAACAUCAAGGUCAUCAACAUCAAGGUCAUCAAGAUCAUCAACAUCAAGAUCAUCAACAUCAAGGUCAUCAAGAUCAUCAACAUCAAGAACACCAACAUCAAGGUCAUCAAGAUCAUCAACAUCAAGAACACCAACAUCAAUCAUCAAGAUCAUCAACAUCAAAACACCAACAUCAAGUCAUCAAGAUCAUCAACAUCAAGAUCAUCAACAUCAAGGUCAUCAAGAUCAUCAACAUCAAGAACACCAACAUCAAGGUCAUCAAGAUCAUCAACAUCAAGGUCAUCAAGAUCAUCAACAUCAAGAUCAUCAACAUCAAAGGUCAUCAAGAUCAUCAACAUCAAGGUCAUCACAUCAACAUCAAGGUCAUCACAUCAAGAACACCAACAUCAGGUCAUCAAGAACACCAACAUCAAGGUCAUCAAGAUCAUCAACAUCAAGAACACCAACAUCAAGGUCAUCAACAUCAAGAACACCAACAUCAAGGUCAUCAACAUCAAGAACACCAACAUCAAGGUCAUCAAGAUCAUCAACAUCAAGGUCAUCAACAUCAAGGUCAUCAACAUCAAGAACACCAACAUCAAGGUCAUCAAGAACACCAACAUCAAGGUCAUCAAGAUCAUCAACAUCAAGGUCAUCAACAUCAAGAACACCAACAUCAAGGUCAUCAACAUCAAGGUCAUCAACAUCAAGAACACCAACAUCAAGGUCAUCAACAUCAAGGUCAUCAACAUCAAGGUCAUCAACAUCAAGGUCAUCAACAUCAAGAACUUCAAUAUCAAGAACAUGAACAACAAGAACGUCAACAUCAAGAUCACCAACAUCAAGAUCAUCAACAUCAAGAACUUCAACAUCAAGAACUUCAACAUCAAGACACAUCAGGGCCAACGUGGCCGCAAGAGAGCAUUUCACCUUAAAAUUGAGAAUGCUGGGGCCGUCAGUAGCCAUCUUGGGGCGCUGUGGUGCUUCCGAAGCCCUAUCGGCAGCAUUACGGCGGUAUAG